UCGGGAACGUGCAGCGAAGUAACGAGACUCUGCGAGACCGCGGCUGGUGAUCGGCUCGGUGCGAGAGGACGUUGGUCGAGGGGCUGCGAUCAUGCGUUGGGGGGUCCUGUGUUUUGCCCUCUGCCUCCUCGGGGUGGCCCAGAGCGGCAGGAAGAUGCCCAAACUGUCCGACAGGAAGCUCUGCGCGGACGAGGAGUGCAGCCAUCCCAUUUCCAUAGCCGUGGCGCUGGCCGACUACGUCCCGCCGGACUGCCGCUUCAUCCCCGUCAGACGCGGCCAAACCAUCUACGUCUUCUCCAAGCUGAAAGGCAGAGGGAGGCUCUUCUGGUCGGGAAGUGUUCAGGAUGAUUAUUACGGCGAGCAGGCGGCGCGGCUCGGAUAUUUCCCCAGCUCCAUCGUCCAGGAGGAACAUUACCUGAUGCCCGGGAAAGUGGAGCUCAAAACUGACGCGUGGGACUUCGCCUGCCAGUGACAGAAGAAUCCGACCUCCGGCAGUAAUACCCCCGACACUGUA